CUUCACUUGAGGUCUGUUUCUCACUUGUAAGACUCACUGCAUGGUUAAAUCUGGACAUACGGAUUGAUUACCACUCAUACGAUAGUUUAAAAGUGGGCUUGAGGGCUCACCUGGACUUUUCUUCAUCUGUUACACCUGAGAACCAGAAAAAAACAACAUUGUCUGGCACAGUAAGACACACUUGCCAGGAAAAUGAGGGUUCACCACCUAUUUAGUUAAUUUUGGCAGAACAGCCAGAGUGAGAGGGUGUGAGGAGAUGGUGUUUGUCUGACAUUCAGUUAAACCAGUUAAAUCAAAAAAAGCUGAAUAUGGUGAGGAUGAAGAUGGCUGCUGUUUCUAGAAUCACUCUGCUUCUGUUCUGCUGCUCCGUCAUCUCCUCCACAGAUUCUGCAGAUGCUUGCGAAGAAUAUGGCGCAACAGGAGGUAACUUUACAGUGAAGCUGAACCACAAACUGCAACCCACCCAAAAACUGAGAUGGAAGCAUAACACUAGAGUAAUCCUGGAUCGAAAACCACCGAAGGAUGGAGAAACAGGUCACAGGUUUUCCCAAGGGGCUGUGAAGGAUAUUCUUUCAGAUGGAUCCCUGAAGCUGGAAAAUCUAAAUAAAACUUACGAAGGGCAAUACACCCCGGAGGUUUUUAAUGCUGAUGGAACAUCAGUAAAAAAAUUGAAGAGCGUAUAUUUAUGUGUAUUGGACCCUGUCAAGAAACCUGUAUUGCAGCAAAAAUGUGCCAAAUCUGAAUCUGUCGAAUUUAUCUGCAAUGUCGAUGAGCCCAAGGAUGUCACCGUGCAGUGGCUUCAGAAUGACAAUCCAACAGAUGGAGGAAAAAAAAGUCUGAAACGACAAGCCAACAAGGUGGAGAAAGAUUUCUUCCGCUGCAAUGUUUCCAACCGUGUCAGUUCAAUGAUCAGUGACGCUGUAAAACAAGAGUGCAUCAAGUCCAGUUUCCCUGAAGAAAUAAUGGGAAUUAGUAUCUGGGUUUUUGUCGGCGGUGGAGGAGGUGUUGUUCUUGUGCUGAUUAUCAUCGUCAUUGUUUGCUGCGUCCAGGCCAAACGGAAAAAACGCAUGCGGCUGAAGGAUGAGGAGGAGCUUCGUUUGGGAUGCUUCAAUCCUGAUCAACAGCAACAACAACAACAUCAGCAUCAUCGUCAUCAGCAUCAUCAUCCUCCAGAUUAUCAUCACCACCACCAGCAGCAGCCGGCCGGCCACACCGGUCCUCGCCAGCAUCGCCCCAAACAGCAUCGCGAGCACCAGCAGCGUCCCAGAGCCCCCGACCUCCCCAACGGUCACCCUCAGCCCAGCCCCAGGAGACCUGCACAGAACCCCAGACCAGAUGUUAGCAAUGAUGAGGAGCAGCCUCCUCCUCUUCCUCAGCCCAGGAAGAAAGCUCCCAGAACACCAAAACAGUGACGAGACGUGAGUUAUGGGAAUUUAGAAAACAUAAUCACUCCUCUUGUUUUCAGGGUUCACCUACGGUUUUCUAUGUUCUUCCCCAAUCUACUCGUCUCCUCCCUUUUACCUUCCUGACGUUUCUGCUCCACUCAACAAGAUUCAUUCGAAGUAUUACGCCAUGUCACUCGGUUUUGGUCUUAAAUGUCAUGACGAGGAUGUGGUGAGAAUCAAUUUGACUCAAACUGUUUUUGUCAGGUCUUUUGUAACCUCUAACGCAAACUAAACCAUGUUUGUUAAAGCUGAACUCAAACUAUGAAUCUUCAUAAGCUUUCAGUUUAUGAUACAUGAUAACAUGAUGAUUAAACAUAAACUGCCCUUACAUGUAGAGCAGUGUAUAUCUUUUUGUUUUAUAGUCGUAAUCUUGUAUUUAUUUAGUUAACUCUUACCUGAGGACAACUAUUCCUUUUUCCUUUUCAGAGUUGUAACAUUUAGUAACAUUUAUUUUCAGACAAAAAAAAAAUCCAGCAAGCAAUACUGCAGCACAGAGGAGUGUGUAUUUGGAAUCAACUUGAAACUUUCCCUUGCAUACUUUAAUUUUUAUAGGGUUUUGAGAUCUGGAAAAAAGUAACAGUAAUUCAUUAAAGUUGAUGGGUUUCUACGCAUUUUUAUUUCCAGUUAUUACGUGUUGACAGUACAGGAUUUUCUUUGUUGGCUUAUUCACUCUCAUGUUGAAAGUUAGAUGAGAACAUUGAUACCACUCUCUUGUUUUUAUAGCGAAUAUGCAGCUACAGCUAGAUGCUUGUCAGUUUAGCGCAGUAUAAAGACUGGAACAGCUAGCUUGGCUCUGUUCAGAACUAAUAAAAUCUCCCACCAGCACCUCUGAGGUGACUAACCUAAAGCUCACUAAUUAACAUUAUUGUGUCUGACUGAGAAACCAUCCCAGACACAACCUCUCAUAGCAACACAACUUUUUUUUAAAACAUAUUUGUUUGUUUAUAUAUUAAACAAGCAAGAUAUAAUGAGGAGCCACUGUUGAACUGUUUCCCUCUGUUUUCAGUCUUUAUGCAAAGCUAAGCUAAGCAGCUUCUGGCUGAAGGAAGUGGAUAUAUUUACAUACAUAUUUCUCUGAAUGUCAAAUGUCAAACUGUUCUGCAUCUUGUUUUAUUGUCUUUUUGUUUUGUUUUGUUUUUUUUAAACUGCAACUUCAGGCAACAUGAGUAUGAUUUGCCUCUGGGUCACUGCAGAGCCAGAACCUCCAUGUUUGAUUUUCUACCCAUCAGUUCCUCUCCAGUCAGGCUGCAGAAAAGAAUAUGAAUUUGAGAAUAUGAGAGCAGUAUUCAGUAUUUUCACCGCAGCCUUUAAUGUAUUUUUUUUUUUUUUUUACAAAAAUACAAACUUUUUAUGUACAUUUGUAUGCAGUUGUUUAUAAUGCUCUUUUUUUGUAUUUGUGUUGUUAACUGAUGAAUAAAGGAAACGUUGACGUCUGUAAUGAAUCAUAUAGAAAUAGACUCUUUUACCAGACAUGUGUCAUUCAUGCUUUGUAUUGGAAACUUGCUUUAACCACAAAGUUGGCUUAUGACACAACACAAACUGAUGACAAUAACAAUGUAAAUAAUGUCAUACAUGUAAUAAUAUAAACCAGGAAACAAGAUCAUUUGGGCCUGCAUUCAUCUUUAAUUAACUGUACCAACUUACCAAUGCAUUUACAUUGUAUACACUGAGGUGUGUAUUUUUAAUGUGAAUUCAAACUGUGCAGUCAAGUUUUCAAAUAAAUGGUGUAAAUUAUGA